AUUAAUUCCAGAAGGUCAAAUUGCUUAAGUUUUAUUAAAACCUUAUUUGAUUUUUCUUCAAAAACCAUAAAAUUGAAAAAGUCCAACAAAGUAUAUUGAAAAAUACAUUAAAAACCCACUCCAAAAAUCCCUUCUUCUCCACGGUACCCAUCGCCCACUGUUAAUUAUUUUCUUCCCCUUUUGGAGUAAUCACUGCCGAAAAAGUGACCAGUUUCACAGCUUCCUCCUCCUCCUCAAUCAAGCUUAGCAUCUCCCUUUUUUCCUCACUUUUCCCGUUCCUGAAGAAAAAGAGAACAUUUUGAACGAGUACGAAGAAAUCUAUAGAAACGAACAAUGGCAUAUGUGGACCACGCGUUCUCGAUUUCCGAUGAGGACAUCAUGAUGGAGACCUCGUACAGCGUAAACAACAAGCCCCCUAUCAAGGAGAUCGCCCUCGCGCUCGCCCUCCUCGUCUUCGGCGUGCUCGGAAUCGUACUCGGCGCCGUCAUGGCCGUCAAUAAAGUCGGCGGCGACCGCGCUCACGGGACUUUUUUCGCCAUACUGGGUGGAAUUUUAUUCCUUCCUGGAUUCUACUAUACACGGAUCGCAUACUAUGCAUACAAAGGUUACAAAGGUUUCUCCUUUGCUAACAUACCUCCUGUCUAGCUAUGUUUGGUGACUCCAAACAAUGUACAGAUACCUCUCAGUUCUUUGUUGCUGCACUCUUCUCUUUUGUAUUCAUUGUGUUUGAGUUUCUGUAAAUCAUGACAGUUUCAAUGCAUAAGCUAAUUUUGUCCCUCAA